CCGCUCCUUCCAAACCCCUCCCAUUUUGGCGACCCGUUUUCCAUUUUUGCCAUUCCGACGCACACGCGGAGACCGGCGGCUCGCCGGAAACCCCUUGCCUGCCCUCUAAGCUUUCCGGCCAACGGCGGCUCAGCUGUAGCCUUUUACGUCCCUCUGCCGUUCCUCCAUCUAUGGUUGUUUGACUCCGCCUCGCUGAUGGAAUAUGGAAAACCCGAUAGCAGUGGUACAGAUGAUGAUCUCCCUGUGCAAAAAGUCAACAGAUUUAGUAGGGGAAUUAUGCGGAUGACUGAGAAUAUGAGAGCCCCAGCAGCAUCAAUGCCUCAUGGAGGUGCUUCACCUGAUAUGGAAGAACAAAUCCAUAACUUAGAAAUGGAGGCAUAUAAUGCUGUUUUAAAAGCUUUUAUUGCUCAAUCGGAUGAUCUUUCUUGGGGGAAAGAGAAACUCAUAUCUCAGCUGAGACAUGAGCUUAAGGUUUCAGAGGUUGAGCAUAUAGAAAGCUUAGCAACAGUUGACUCUGAUGACUUGGUCCGGCACAUAAGGGAGUGGAGAAAAGGAACUAAAGGCUCACAUGAGCUGUUGCCAAAUGUUACUUAUGCAUCUGGUCUGGUGCCUGGUCCAACACUUGUGAAUGCUCACAAGAAACUGAAGAUGGCCCAUUUCACAGCAUCUCCAAACUGUUUACCUCGCGUUCAAUCCUCAUCCAUGCUUCCAUCAGCUUCUCCAAAUUAUAUGUCUCAUCUACAACCUUCUGCAGGCUUACAACCGGUAAAGGGGCGUUUAAGAGACAAACAGUGGAGUGAAGGUGCGCUUGUCAAUGAAGGAAAUGUUGGACAAUCUGUAAAAUCCAUGGGGCACACCAGAGAGGUGGCUGUUACAGGUAAAGGAAGGGGUUCACUUAAAGUACAUCCUGGCAAGCAUUACGCCCCUUCGAUGGGUGAUGGCUUGAAGAAAGUACCCGACAGGAUUGAGAUUCGUGAAACACAUGUGAUCAUUCAUGAGGUUGAGAGGGUAUGUGGAGUGGAAAACCCUAAUCCUGCUUUGCUGGAGAAGGCCAAGUUGAUUCUCAAAGAGCAUGAGAAAUCCCUCCUUGAAGCUAUUGCAAAGCUUGAGAGCAUGGCGGAUUUAGGAUCAUAAUUGGAGAGCCUGUUGCAUGAAAUGAGGAGGAGAAUGUGUUUAUUUGCAGGAUUAUUAUCUGAAUGCUGGAUUGAAUGUGUUUCUAAUAGUCCAGAUUCAUUUUCUCUGGAUUUUGCAAGCCAGUAUUUGGGUUUCCUUUUCUCCUCCGAGUUUUCUGAAUAUGAUCUGUUUUGAGUUCCUUGGUCAAUGCUCAUAUAUGUGGUUCAUGUCUGGUCAACCACUGCAUAGUUUUCUGAUGAGAAAGAGAAGGUUGGUUGUGCACAUGGGAUUCAACAUGGAUGUGCAUAAAGCGAACGUGUUUGCAUGGCUGUCAGGUCCGAGGUUUUGGUCAGGGUCAGCGUCAUAGAACGCAAGGUGGUCUGCUCCACCUUAUGAGUCUGUUUCUGUAAUAUAGAUUCUUCAACCUUGUAGCUAGCCUGUGAACUCAAGGAAAGAUCUUUAGUAUAACCGUGGGUAUGAAUCUGAAAAUACUUUUCUGUUCCCGUUAUUGGAGAACACUAAUUUGUUA